GCUGGCACUUCCUGCUCCAGUUUGGAGGCUGUGGUUGUUUGUGAGGGAGGAUAGAUUCUGUGUUGAUGUUCCAGGCAAGGCAGCCUGAGGUUCUGCUGGUUUUUGAAAUGCAGCCUGUACAGGCACGGUCUUGAAGCACCCAACCCCGAGAAAGAUUGAGGUCUGAAGUUGGUUUGUUCUUGCUGCGCCUUUGUUUUGGAAGCAGUUAACAAAGCCCCCCGAUGAGAGUGAGUUGCCUCUCCUUCCGCCAACCAUAUGCGGGUCUGAUAUUAAACAAUGUAAAGACCGUGGAGACCCGUUGGCGACCUCUGCUGGCGGAGCUACAGGGCUGCACCCUGGCUGUUCAUGUAGCAUACAAGGAUUGGGAAGGCUCGGAAUGGGAAGACAUCCUUACUCACACAGUGGGAAUGAGCCAGCACCAGAUACAAAACCUGCUGCAGGACGGAGAGAAGUUUGGCAGAGGGGCGAUUGUGGGGUUAGUCGACGUUGGAGACACCUGGCAAUGCCCGAGUGGUUCAGACCCUGAGGAGAUGAAGGAGUUGGAAAAAAGAGCUGUUCUGCAUGAGCUGGAGCUGAAAUAUCUCACCACUUUGUCCAAUCCGCGGUGGCUUCGUAAGCCAAUCCCAGCCAGGGGACACAAAGAUGUGUGGAUGGUGGAUAUCCCUAAUGAGCUGAUCCCAUGACUGCCAUUGACAUCGAGUAAAAUUAGACCGAGUUAUAAAGGAGGAACAUAACAAGUUCAAGCUUAUUGUCUUUCAUACCGCCAAACAAAACAACGUUUCUCCAGACCAAGGUGCACAAUACAGUACAUAUAACUCAGACACACAACACAUAAGGUAAUAUUUCCACAAAUAAUAUUGCGAGGCGGGGUGGAAAUGCAUCUUUACCAAAAGAGGGAUGAGAUGCUCCUUCCCGCCGCUAGCCUGCAGGUCACCCUUGGACAAGGUGUAGCACCUGCUUAGUUCCCCAAUCAGGGUCAAUGUAAAGCCAUGGGAGUAGGUGGUGGAUGGUCGUAUGAGCGGUUGGUGCAGAUCACAAGUCCUGGUUAUGUGACCACUGACUCUCCAAAGAGAAUUGAUAAUGGCUGGGGUCACCUGUCUUGUAACGACACUGCUCAGAAGAAGGCAAUGGCAAACCACUUCUGUGGAACCAUUUGCCAGGAACAGUCAUGAUCAUGAUCACCUACACAAUACGACAUGGCACAUAACAAUGACUACAAAUAAAUUCAUAAAUAAUCAUUAAAUAAUAAGAUGGAUACCAAUGUCCAGGACUGGCUUCCCCUGAAUAUAAUGCGUUUAUUUGUCUGAUUUACGUCAUGUUGCUAUUUUAUGCACUAUGUGGAAAGUAAUUGCAGAACAUAAUCAUUAAAAUCUUACUGUAUGAACUACAUAAAUUAUGUAAAAAGUUAGUUUAUUGUGCUUUUCUACUGUAUAAUAAUCAUUUGUGGUUACUGCUAAUUUUUUUCUUUCAAAAUCAGAUUUAAUAUCACUGGCAUAUGUUGUGAAAUUUGUUGUCUUUGUGACAGUAGUUCAAUGCAAUACAUAAUAAUAGAAAAAAAAACAUGAAUUUCAGUAAUUAUACAUAUAAA